UGGGAGCUUGGAAGAAGGGAGGGCUUGCUUGAUUGAUUGAUUGAUUGCAUAGGGCCUCACCACACUUUAGCAUUUAUUAUCCACUGCAAUCCAUUCCGCAUGGGCAAACUUCAUCUUGUUGGUGUGAAGCUUCCCACCGGAGUGGAAAUCAUCUAUGGACAGAUGGGAACCUACGGUAUUUAAUCUCAACAGAUUGAAAACCAAGGUUGAUAACAUCAGUAAUAGAACUCCAAUAUGCUGAUGAUAACGUAGUCUGUGCGCAUUCAGAAGAAAACCUACCAGCAUUCUAAAUACCUUUGCAUAAUCAUACGAGAAACUCGGCCUUGCAUUGAACAUCUUCCAGCAGUCAUCAGCCAAUCCCUCUGCAAUGUCAGAAAUACAGCUUAAUGGUGUUAUGCUAGAAAAUGUUGACAAUUUCUGCUACUGUACCUUGGCAGCCACCUCUCCACAAAAGUCGAAAUUGACACUGAAAUAUAGCACAGCCUGAGCUCUGCGAGUGCAGCAUUCUUCCAAAUGAAGCAGAGAGUGAGGAUCGGGACAUCCAUAAGGAUACCAAGGUGCUUGUUUAUAAAGCUUUUGUCCUCCCAACUCUGUUAUACACCUGCGAAAUGUGGACAUCACACUCAACUCCUGGAAGGAUUCUAUCAGUGUUGCCUCUAGAAGAAGCAAAAUGCAGAGCCAACCUUCAGAAAUGGGGAUUCAAAAUGGAGUCCACGACAUCUUCCCCAACAUGGAUGUUUUCUAUAGCAGCGGAGUCUGGUUUGCAGAGCUGCUUCAGAGAAGCCUUCCGGGACUGGAGUCCUUUUGGCUUUGGAUGACCUUCUUAGGUGACCCUAGAUGCGUCUUCAUCAUUUAUUUCCCUCUUGCUUAUUUCCUGCUGGACCAGAAGGUUGGAGUGAAAGUGCUUUGGCUGGGCUUAAUCUCCGAGUGGCUCAAUUUGGUCUUCAAAUGGUUUCUAUUUGGUGAACGGCCCUUCUGGUGGAUGUUUGAAUCUGGGUUUUCCAAGAAGGGCGUAGACUUUCCCCGCCAGUUCCCUUCAAGCUGUGAAACAGGACCAGGCAGUCCCUCUGGCCACUGUAUGAUCACCGGUGCCGCCCUCUGGCCAGUAGUAACUGCUCUGACCACACAGCUAUCUCAGCACUCCAAAAGCUGGCUGGUGAAGAUAUUGCCUUUCCAGGUGUAUCUCCUUCUCCUCCUGGCUAUAGGUCUGUCACGCCUCUUCAUCCUGGCUCAUUUCCCCCACCAAGUCCUUGCAGGCAUCUUGACAGGGAUUAGCCUGGGCUGGCUGCUAGAACCCCGAGUCCCAUUAGGGAGGGGACUCCACUUUUACCUCUGGACUUCGCUGUCCCUUUUGCUCGGCAGCAUGACGAUUUACUGGACAUUGAUUGUUCUGGGCAUAGAUCUCAGUUGGUCGAUCAACCUAGCCACUAAGUGGUGUGCAAACCCUGAAUGGAUCCGCAUGGAAACACGACCUUUUGCAUCGUUGAGUCGUGACGUGGCCACAGCCUUUGGGCUUGGAUUUGCCUUCCACUCCUCUUCUUACACCCAGCUCAAGUGCGAGAAGCCCAGAUGGUCUCAGAGGGCAUGGUGCGCCAUCUUGGCCCUUGUUCUUCUGCACUUCCUCAGUGAUGUGGCACAACCACAGAAUGUGGCUCUCUGGUAUGGGCUGAACUUUGUGAAAUAUGCCACCUUCCCAUGGGUGGUGAUUGGACUGCUCCCCAGAGUAGUUCAAGCUGUGACAUCAAAGGGGACACCAUCCCACAAAGAGUAGCCAGCCGGAAGGAUCACUUGCUCUUUUAGGAGAGCUAUGGAUAGGGAAGGGUUUUCCUUGAGGUAUUCCAGUACACACACACUUAGUAUGCAAUAGGUCCUUCCAUCAAAAGACCUUAUGUAUUUUACCUCAAAGGAAACAAUUCCUUCCUUUACUCAGGCCACUGUGAUUUUCCUUCUCUUGCCUAAACAGAUGUACCAAAAAUGCUUAUUUAAACCCUUCUCACUCCAGGUCAGUUGUAACAAUAUGUUUCUCCUUCAUACAUAGAGACUGUUGUUGUAUUCAUGACCCAAAGCUGCAACCCAAAAAACUUUCAGAAUGCAUUUCCAACAGAGAUUUGGGGCGGGGGGAGUGGGAUACUGUAGCAGGUUGCUUUGUGGGACUGUGGAAUCAUUGUAAAAGAUAGGAAUAAGGUGGAUAGUUUAACUAGACCAGUUCAGGUGGGCAGAAGGAGCUGCUGGCAGCACUGAUGAAGUCUCUGUGCCUCUAUCCCGGGCAUGGGCAAACUUUGGCCCUCCAGCCUACUGGCUGUUAGGAAUUGUGGGAGUUGAAGUCCAAAACACCUGGAGGCCCGAAGUUUGCCCAUGCCUGCUCUAUCCCAUUUAAGAUAGAUCAUUCUAAUUUCACCUGGUAUUUGAUGUUGCUGCACCUUCCCUUUACAGCUUGAAUACAUUAAGAGAAAGCUGAUGCAAACAUCUUAAAGUUCCAAGGCAGUAGACAUCCAAAGCUCUAAACCAAUGGUUCUCAACCUGUGGGUCCCCAUGUGUUUUGGCCUUCAACUCCCAGAAAUCCCAGCCAGUUUACCAGCUGUUUGUAUUUCUGGGAGUUGAAGGUGAAAACAUCUGGGGACCCACAGGUUGGGAACCACUAGCUCUAAAUCAACUUCUAUUCAAACAUUCUUAGGAUGGAAGAAGGGGAAUCAAGCUCCCAGUUUCCCACACCCAUCACAUUAUUAAUAAUAAAGCCAAAUUUCAACAUUUCAAGCUAUAUUCACCAUGCAUGUCUCUUCUCCAAAAGGCUUUAACCCAGAUUUCGUUAUGCAAGAUUAAAGUAGAAGCUAAAGGGCAUAGAUCUGCAUAACUAAACUAUGCCCUUCUUAGCCACUGUCUUUUUUUAAAAAAAAUCCUAGUCUGUUGAUUAAGAUGGAAAAAAAAACAUGGCAAAAGAUUUGAUAACCAGUAUCUUGCCUUUCUCACUCCUGGUUUGUUUCUGUUUUCUCUUACAAAUUUUCCUCAUCUCUUCUUUCAUCUCAGAGGGAGGACAGGGACAAUCCAUAGCUGCAAGUUCAGGUGUCACAACAGGCCAUGGGUCCAGACUAUGGUUUAUGAUUGGUUAACAAACCACAAUUUAAGGCACGGACACAUAUCAUAACAUAAACGGAUAUCAACAAGCAGCUCCCUGUGACGUGUCAAAAUAGCAGCUUACAACACUUCUAAUCAGUUGGCCUUUUUUCCCACCCAGAAAAUAUUCCAGCAAUUUUAUGGCAGCAUCUUUGCUUUUGGAAGGUGCUUUCAUGUGUUUAGAGCUGAUUGCUGUAUGCUAAACUUUCCCACAUUUUUGAAGCUUUUGGAAAAGGGUUCAACUGUCAGGAGCACCUCUGAACAGUAGAUGUGAGCCUGGAAAGAGAUCUCAUCUCCAUGCUUCUUUCACUACUUCAUGUCUAGUGGUUUCUCAAGAAGUACUUUAUGGUUCAUGCCAGAUUAGCAGAGCCCUCUCAGCAUGGCUUUGGUCUUCCUUAAGUCUUGGUCACCAUGUUCCUUAAUUAUUCUAUUUGUGUGUGUGCGCGCGGUGUAACAAUGAGAGCCACAUGCUCUGUAAGGACUCACUGCUUAAACUGCCUAUGCACACAAACUGCAGACAGAAUUUGGAAAAAAGGGUGGGGAAGUGUUGGAUUACAACUCACAGUAGCCAUGGUGGCUGUGGACAACUGGGAGUUAUGGGCCACAAAAAGCAACUUUUCCAAGUUCUGUCUGCACUAGCAAAUAAGCAUCUGAGCCAUCAAAAUUGCUGAUCCUGCAGUCAGUGGUGUUGGAACUGUUAAUGGUAUUUGCCAUACAAGGCUUAGAGUCAAGCCAACAUCUUAGACAAAGUGACUGAAUAACUGUCUGGGUUUUCCUGUUGCUUCUUCCAGCCUCUGUGACAUGUUUUCCUUACAUAACCUUGAUGUGAAUAUUAGAAUAAAUUAUGUAUUUUUGUGUUUGCAA